AUGAAGCUAUUGAUCUCUAUAUCGUUUGUCGCUGCUGUGUGUACUGCUGCACCUGAUGGCUAUAGAGCUCCCGGAUCCUCUACUGCAGGGUUUUCUGGCGGAGGAGGAUUCUCUGGCGGAGGAGGAUUCUCUGGUGGAGGUGGAUUCUCUGGUGGAAGUGUAAUUUCUGCUGGAGGAAGUGGAUUCUCUAGUGGAGUAAUAUCUGGUGGAGGAGGAUUCUCUAGUGGAGGUUUCUCGAGUGGGGGAGGAUUCUCUAGUGGAGGUUUCUCGAGUGGGGGAGGAUUCUCUGGUGGGGGAGGAGGAUUUAGCAGUGGAGGAUUCUCAAGUGGAGGACUUUCUAGUGGAGGAUUCUCAAGUGGAGGAGGAUUUUCCGGUGGAGGAUUCUCAGGAGGAGGGGGAUUUUCCAGUGGAGGAUUUUCUAGUGGUGGAGGUGGAUUCGGCGGCGGAUCUGGCAGAGGAUGCGGUCCUGGAACGAUCCUACAUGUGGACGGGUCCUGUGUCUCCCCAGUAGUAUCAAGAAAAGUGUACGUCUACGACGCCCCUGCACACCCGUCCGUUCCAAGUGGUCCACCACCAAGGGUUCCACCGCCGAGGGUUGAUCACAAUAUCCUGUUUGUUCGUCUUCCGGAAGGAGGCGCAGGACCUGAGCCUAUUAUUAUCCCACCACCAAGGCAAGAGAAUAUCGUGUACGUCCUUAAUAAGGCCAGUGGAGCAGGAGGACAAGAAGUCAUCGAAGUACCGGCUCCUCCUGCUUCUAGUCCAGAAGUAUUCUUCGUCAACUAUGCAGAAGGAGAAAAUCCUCAACUCCCUAUCGGUGUGGACCUCCAGACAGCUCUUCAAGCAGCUUCCAGUGGAGGAGGACAAGUCAUCGGUGGUGGUUCAGGAGGGGGAGGAUUUGGAGGCGCAGGAGGACUGGGUGGCGGAGGAGGAUUGGGAGGUGGUUUUGGCAGUAGUGGAGGAUUGGGAGGUGGCUUUGGCAGCAGUGGAGCAGCUGGAGGAGGAUUUGUUGGAAGUUCGGGAAGCGGAGGAUUUGUUGGAAGUUCGGGAGGCGGAGGAUUUGGCGGUGGGGUAGGACAAGCAGGAGGAGGAUUCGUAGGAGGCUUUGGAGACAGCGGAGAAAUUGGAAUAAGUGUUGGCUCCGGUGGUGGCCACGUUAGUGCACCGUCAAACACGUAUGGUGCUCCCUAAGGCAAUUGUUAGUCCUUUUAAGGCAUGAGGAGAGAGAUGACUCUCACAUAGAAAUCAAAAAAACUAAAAAUGUAUUUUGUUGAUUUUGUUGUUGUUAUAUUUUCUUAUCAUAUGAAUAAAUUGAAAUUAAUGA